AUGCAGAUGGAGAUUCCCUCGAGCUUCCGGUUAAUGGGGCAGAGUUAUAGCGAUGGAGGAGAGUCCUCCGGCGCCUUCAGUGACUGCAACAGCGACUGCUCCGGCGAGAUCCCUUACUCCGGAUCACCUACCUCCUCUUCUACUGCCUCCUCCAGCGGACUUCAGAGGAUUCUAUUCGCCUGCGCAGCAGACUACUCCGAGGAGGUGGUCCGCAGCCUCGUCUCCGACCUCGAGUCCCCCUCCGUCCCUGUUGAGUCGCAGCGCCUUGCCGCCAUGGAGCUUCGCCUUCUCGCCAAGCACAGUCCGGAGAACCGGCUGCGCAUCGCCGCCGCCGGCGCCGUCGGGCCGCUUGUCGCGCUGCUCUCCCACCCGGAUCCCCUGCUCCAGGAACACGGCGUCACUGCGAUCUUCAACCUAUCGCUCUGCGAGGAGAACAAGACCCCGAUUGCGGCGGCGGGCGCUAUCCGCCCCCUCGUCCGCGCCCUCUGCACCGGCACCCCCACCGCCCGAGAGAACGCCGCGUGCGCCCUCCUUCGCCUAGCGCAGCUCGACGAGCUCCGCGUCGCCAUCGGACGCUCCGGCGCUAUCCCGCCCCUCGUCUCUCUGUUGGAGUCCGGCGGCCCCCGCGCGAAGAAGGACGCCGCCACCGCCUUAUUCGCUCUUCUAGCCUCCCGCGAGAACAAGCUCCGGGCCGUCGAGGCCGGGAUCCUGAGGCCGCUGCUGGACCUGAUGGCCGACCCAGGGUCGAACAUGGUGGACAAGGCCGCGUACGUGCUGCACGCCGUGGUGGAGAUACCGGAGGGCCGGGCGGCGGCGGUGGAGGAGUACGGCGUGCCGGUGCUGGUAGAAAUGGUGGAGACUGGUACCUCGCGGCAGAAGGAGAUCUCCGUCCUAUCCCUCCUAGAGAUCUGCAAGGAGAGCGCCAUCCACCGGAAGAUGGCCGUCAACGAGGGAGCCAUCCCGCCUCUCGUCGCCCUCUCCCAGUUGGGUACCAAGAAGGCGAAGGAGAAGGUAACCUCACCUACUGCGGCUCCCACUCCCCUCCGACGGCAGCGUUGCCGACGCCGAGGCGUUGAUCGAGUUACUGAGGCAAUCGAGGGCGGGCAGCGACUCACACCGUUAGUUGACACGUGGCGAAAUGGCUGGGAGUGGAGCAAGGGUUGUAAAUAUGUGGCUGUAGCGGCGACGGAGGAAAACCCAUCUUUUUUCCUACUUUUCUUUUUCUUUUUCUGGAAAUAUUAAAAAUAAUUCCAGAAGAGAAAAAGUGGGAUUGCCGGUUUGUUUGGUUAGGUUUUGGAUUGCGGAUGACUUGAGCGAUGCAUAUUUGAUGGGAAGUGGUGCCAUGAAGGAAAAUCAAUCAAGUAAAAAAUUGUAGGUGGAGAGUUGAUUAUGGUUUGCAUUGGCAAGUGGUUUAGAAAAAGUUUUCAGCUUUAACCAUAUUAUUGAGAAUUUUUAUUUUUUA